UCCGGCACUGCCAUUUUGCAGCUGCAGACCAGUGGAGAGUUUGUAGCUGCUGCCGCCGCCGCUGCUGCUGUGUGCAGGAGAGGGUUAAAAAUUAGUGUGUUUUGUUAAAGGUCUUAUUGUUCUUGUAGCGUUAAGACAGCUCGUUGACAAAAUGUCGGAUUUCGACAGCAACCCUUUCGCGGAUCCAGACUUCAGCAACCCUUUUCAGGAUCCCUCAGUGACACAAGUAACACGGAAUGCGCCACCCGGACUGGAGGAGUACAACCCAUUUACAGAUACAAAACCAGCUCCACCUGGCUCAGGUCCCAAAGUCCCACCCACUGCUAACACACAGCCCGCCAUCAUGAAGCCCACUGAGGAACCUCCAGCUUAUUCACAGCCGCAACAAACACAGGAUCAGGCACGGGCCCAGGCUGAGUUGCUGAGGAGGCAGGAAGAGUUGGAGAGGAAAGCUGCAGAGCUCGACCGCAGAGAGAGAGAGAUGCAGUCACUCAAUGCCUCUGGAGGGAGGAAAAACAACUGGCCACCGCUGCCUGAGAAGUUUCCCGUGGGACCGUGUUUCUACCAUGACAUAUCAGUGGACAUCCCGGUGGAGUUUCAGAAGACCGUUAAGAUCAUGUACUACCUGUGGAUGUUCCACACAGCAACACUAUUCCUGAACAUCUUCGGCUGCUUGGCGUGGUUUUGCGUCGAUUCGUUGCGUGGUGUUGACUUUGGCCUGGCCAUGCUGUGGUUCAUGCUCUUCACUCCCUGCUCAUUCGUCUGCUGGUACAGACCUCUGUAUGGAGCGUUCAGGAGUGACAGCUCUUUCCGCUUCUUUGUGUUUUUCUUUGUCUAUAUUUGUCAGUUCGGUGUCCAUGUGAUGCAGGCUAUUGGCAUUACAGGCUGGGGAGUCAGUGGGUGGAUCUCUGCCUUAACCGGCCUUAAUAAAAGUAUUCCUGUCGGCAUCAUCAUGAUCCUGAUUUCUGCUCUGUUUACUGCCUCUGCUGUCAUCUCUCUCAUCAUGUUUAAAAAGGUCCACGGGCUGUAUCGAACCACUGGUGCCAGCUUUGAGAAGGCCCAACAAGAAUUUGCCACCGGUGUCAUGUCCAAUAAAACAGUCCAAACAGCGGCCGCUAACGCCGCUUCAACAGCUGCUCGCGGAGCAUUCAAAGAGCAGUUCUGAUUGGCCGAGAGAGAGCAGGCCUAACUUUAAGCUCCUCCCACUUUCUCCCUUUUUCAUUCUUUCUUACUGUACUCCUUUGACAUGAGUCACCUGUAAGCCUGUCUCAGAUGUGGAGGAUCCUCAACUCCACCCCUUUCAUCGACUCUGUGCACUCCAUUGGCUGACUGAGACUCCACCCUUUUCACUCAGCAGAUGCACUCAACUGGCUGUUGCGCACAGAUGGUUAUGCCGUGUGUGUGUGUGUGUGUGUGUGUGUGUGUGUGUGUGUGUGUGUGUGUGUGUGUGUGUGUGUGUGUGUGUGUGUGUGUGUGUGUGUGUGUGUGUGUGUGUGUGUGUGCUUGCGUGCGUGCGUGCGUGUGUGCUUGCGUGCGUGCGUGCGUGUGAACUUGUUAUACUCCAGUCACUCUCCAGUUCUGAUUGAGUGUGCUGAUUCCUGCUCCUCAUUAAAACAAAAAACAGGUAAUGUUAUCAGCAAGGAUUCUCUCCACUUGCUGUGAACAUCCAAAGUGAACAGAGUUUUGAAAGGCUUUCCAAGUCAUCAACACAAUCUCCUAUCUCACACCAACAAGCAUUUCAAUCCUGCCUCUCAUUGGCCAGUAGGAAUGUCCCUCACUGUUGCACCCAGUGGGAGAUCCAGGUGGUUCUUCUGUUGCUUUUUUAAAUCUCCGAUUCUGCCUUACACGCUGUUCCUGCUUUACUGAAAAUACGUCGAAGCUCCUUCACUUCACUUCUGAGGCUUGUUUAAUGACCUACAAACACAUGAGUUGGGUUUGACAUGCUUGAGAAGCUCACUAAGCCUCAGUCCAGGUCCUGAUUCAGAGGUUUUACGUGCUGAUGUUAAGCAAAAACCCCAAUAGAAGACACUGUCUGCAAGGAAAGUCUCCCACUUCUGUUUUACUAAUGGCACGCUCAUGAGAUGUAGAAAAAUCGAGAAAAGAUGAUACCAUGCUAGUUUUGGAGUGUGUGUAUGUGUGAGUGUGAUUGUGUGUGUACCAAGUGAAUUUGGGUGAGUCUUAAGCUGAUUAACUCCACAGCAUGUGAUCUCACUUAGGUUUAUCAUUUCUGUCCAACAGGACACUUUAGAUUUUAGAUUAUGUUUUUUUAUUUAUCAUUAACCUUUCUGGACUCCGGGACAUUUUUGGCCAUUAGGUGGCAUAGUUUUUCCAUGUUUUGGCCAUAUCUUUAUCUGUGUUACAGGAAAGAUUUUUUUUGGACAAAACUUUAUACAACAUGUACUUUGGAAAGAGUAUUUAGAAUUUUUGACCAGGUCUAUAGUUUUCUGUAUUCAAAUGGUCUUGAAGCAUGUGUGCACUUUGAGACCACAAAUGUCCAUUAAUUUAAUUUUAUAUAAAAAUAUAUCAGAUUAAUAUUUUUUUUCAAAUAUAUUUUGCUUAAAGCUGUUAAUUAACCUCAGUUCUAAUCAGAACUACUAAAUCUUUAAAAUAAAAAUUAGUGAUAUCAUGAAUUUGCAUAACAAAUGCACACAAAAUGACUUAUUUUUAAUAUAAAAUUAUUUUUAAAAAAGUAUUUUUAAAAAAUGUUUUAUUGAUUUUUAUUAUACAUAUUAUUAGAGUAUUGGAUAGGUCAAAGAUUACUAACAAUAUGAAGAUUACUAACAACAUUGUGGCUCUGAAAAUAGCAUCGUGUAAAAGCCGCCCAGGUAUGCCCAGUGUCGUCCACCUUGAGCUGAUUUUUUAUGGUGCCCAUGGAGGUUGGUCAUUCUGACAACGAGAUUAGCUAUCUCCUUGGUAAAAAAUAAAUGUGGAUGUAGCAUACUGCGUUGGCCCUGGAGUGCCUCUAGCCUCUAGAAGCCGGGGGGAAAGCAUACUUCAUUUCUCCCAAUCCAUCCAGAUUCAGGAUCCUCUGAAUACACCUCUUUGGAGGAAUCUACAGAGGAUGAUAAAAGGCCCACAACAAACUCAGCAUCUGAUUCUCCUUAUUCAGUCGUGUCAGGAGCAGAUGGGAUAUUUCUGCCACUUCAGCUGUACUAAUUCUCUUUAUGCCUAUCUGUAUGGUGCUUGCUGCUCUUCUUACCAUCAAAUGACAAAUGAUUAGAAGGACAGCAUGCAAGUGUUUAAAUAAACACCUUUUUUUAAACAAGUCUGUACUUCUCACCAUUAAAAGGCAGCAGGCACAAAUAAAACUGACACACACACACACACACACACAGUGUUUUUAGUUUACUACAUGUAGGAAAAUUGUAUUUCUGAGAACUGAGGUGUAUAUUAUGAUUUUUUCUGACAUAUCAUGGUCUCUCUCUCACACAAACACAUACUGUACAAACCUCUGAUUACUCCAUAGAACGCCAUGUAAAAAUUUGCACAGACCUGUGUAAUGGGUCAAUGGCCCAAUUACAUGGUCAACAGUAAAAAUUGCAAUUUUUACCUCUUCCCUACCUCUUCAUAUCAUGGCUGUGCAGUGGGGGAUAAAACAGCCCUGAUAUGUAAAUGAGUGAGAAAAAAAUAACACAAAUGCCAAUGUUAUUAGUAAUCUUUGACAUAUCCAAGACACUACUAAAAAAGAAAAAAUCCAGUUCAAUUUUUUACUUUUACUUUUUUUUAGUAGUUUUGACUAGAACUGUGGCUGAUUAACAGAUUUCUGCAAAACAAUUAGAAAAAAUAUUAAUCUGAUAUAUUUCUAUAUGUUUAAUUUAGUGGAUGUUUUUGGCCAUGAACAUCACGAAAGGGCAAUAUAUUUAAAGUGUCCACAAUGAUUGAUUAAUGCAACCAUGAGCUCUGAGCAACAAGUAUCUGAGAAACACUCCUAAUUAUGGGUCUUUUAUGUUUUGAGACGGUGUGUGUGUGGUGUAGUCUCAGUCACUUCUUUGCAGUAUUCACUUCAAAACGGUUUCUUUACUUAGCUUAGUUUUGUUCACCCCUUUCCAUUUACUUUUGCUAUUGUAGGUUUUCCGAUUCUAUCAUCUUGAGAUGAGCUGCUGCAAGUUGUUCUUCCUUUUUUUAAAACUUUGUUUCAACAAAUGGCACCUGAAUGUUCGUUCUAUAUUAACACAAAUCAAAUUGGAAAGUCCAUAGAAAGAUGUAACGUGAGCCUGUGCGUGUGUUGCGUUGAAUUGUGGCUUUUAAGUUGUGAUUUUUGAACUCAAUGACAUUAUUAGUUGAAACACUGAGGAGGUGGUGUUGCGAAGUUCGUUCGAGCAAACCGAAGGGAUAUUUGUAUAUUUUGUAAAAAAAAAAAAAAAAAAUCAAUAAUAAUAAUUGACGAGUGGUUGCCUGUUGUCCUGAAUAAUUUCAUUGUACUGUACAAAUGCACUCUUGUCUCCCUCUGCAGUCGCAUGUUGAGUAGUUUGAGUUUUGUAUAUUUAUUGUAUUAACACAGAAAUAAAAUAAGAAAAUGGAUUACUUAA